UAAACUCCAUUUGCAGAUGAUGUAUCCUUUAGCCAUGGAGAGGGCCAAUCACACCGUGACUGAAUUCAUCCUUGUGGGCUUCACAACAGACCCUGUGAUGCAGUUGAUCUUAUUUGUGGUUUUUCUUGGUGUGUAUACUGUGACCCUAGUGGGAAAUAUCAUGCUAAUAACAUUGAUCUGUAAUGACUCCCGGCUCCACACACCCAUGUAUUUUUUCAUUGGCAAUCUGUCAUUUCUGGAUCUCUGGUAUUCCUCUGUCAACACCCCGAAGAUCCUAGUGACCUGCAUCUCUGAGGACAAAAGCAUCUCCUUUGCUGGCUGUGUAGCUCAGUUCUUAUUCUCUGCUGGGCUGGGAUAUAGCGAGUGUUAUUUGUUGGCUGCCAUGGCUUAUGAUCGCUAUGUGGCCAUCUCAAAACCACUGCUUUAUUCUCAGGCAAUGUCCAUAAGGCUGUGCACAUUUUUAGUAGUAGCCUCAUAUCUUGGUGGAUUUAUUAACUCUUCCAUCAUCACCAAAAGAACUUUUGCCUUGAACUUCUGUGGUGACAAUGUCAUUGAUGACUUUUUCUGUGAUUUACUUCCUCUGGUGAAGCUGGCUUGUGGCAGAAAGGAUGGCUAUCAGACUCUACUCUAUUUCCUUCUGACCUCCAAUGUCAUCAUCCCCCUUGUGCUCAUACUUGCCUCCUACCUCUUCAUCAUUACCACCAUCUUGAGGAUCCGCUCCACCCAGGGCCGCCUCAAAGCCUUCUCUACAUGCUCCUCCCACUUGAUUUCUGUUACCUUGUAUUACGGCUCCAUUCUCUAUAUCUACUGUCGCCCCCGAUCUAGUUAUUCCAUGGAUAGGGACAAAAUAGGCUCUACCUUUUAUACUGUGGUCUUCCCGAUGUUGAAUCCUAUGAUCUACAGCCUGAGGAAUAAGGAUGUGAAAGAGGCUCUGAAUAAACUCUUUAAGUAA